AUCAUCUUUUUCAAAAUGAAAUUACUAGUUACAAAUUUUAUAUUGUUUUAUUUAGCCAUCAUUGACUAUGGCCAUUGUGAUCUAUUCCAAUUACCUGGUGUUAAACAUAUAACUCCAGAUAUUGUUAAAAAAUUACCAUCAUUACCAUCAAAAAUAGUAUCAAAUAAUCCGUUGAGUAAAUUAAAAAAACUUUCUCCAUUAUGUGAGAAGAUAAUGAAUUUUAUUGAAACAAAUCAAAGAGAAGUGGAUUCAUUACUCAAACGAGUAGGUAUGCAACCAGAUCAAAUGUUCUCAUCGUUAUAUCCAAAUAUGAGCCAUUUUAAAAUUGAUCAAUUAAAAUCCUGUUAUAAUAUGCGUAUGAGUGAUGAUGAGACUGACGAUAAUGAUGGCGCGCAGGAAGAACAUAAUAUUUUUGAAAAUACAUUUCUAACAACUGUGAAAUCAUUCUAUAAACAUUUUUCCGAUGAUCGAUUUGAAAGUAAACCGUUUCCGGAACGUAUUAAAAAUCUAUUCGAUUCAAUGCAUAGAAUUGCCAAACAUACUAUGGCUUGCGUUUUAAAACCGGCUGGAUUUCAACUUGGUUUUACUCAGCUAUCCGAUUGGAGUGAUGAAGAUUUCAAUAAAAUGCAAGGUGAAAGAAUUUCCGAAGAAAAUGAUAACGAAGAUCAACAUAACAAAAUAACUAAUCGUGAUGAAACAUUAGCCAGCCCUGAUGAACGAAAUAAAAAUCCGCUCAAUAAUUUUGUUGGUGGGUUAAAUCGACUUCAUAGACCACAAAUCAAUCGACAAGACAACCAAGACCACAAAAAUUCUCAACAAAACAGUGAUCUUGUUCGGCAGAAAAAUGACAGAAAUCGAUCCAAAAGAGCAGUAGAGGUACCAAAAAAAUGUUUAGUAAAAAAUCGUGACAAAUUGCCAGCAAAAUUGGAUUGGCGCGAAUUGAAUGCAGUGACACCUGUUAAAUUUCAAGGUGAAUGUGGCAGUUGCUGGGCAUUUACUAGUAUUGCUAAUAUUGAAAGUGCAUAUCUGAUUCAUAAUAAAACCGGCGAACGACAUUUUGAUCUAAGUGAACAAGAAAUAUUAGCAUGUGCAAAACCCAAUGGUUGUAAAGGUGGUACCGGUGCUGAUGCUUAUAAAUAUAUGAUACGACGUGAAGGCAUUGCUCGCGAAACAACAUUGCCAUAUAAAGCUAAAGAUAAUGAAUGUCCUAAACAAGAACGAUUAGGUAAGGCUGCCGCAAUUGAAGAUUAUUGUAUGCGUGGAAAAUAUGUCAAAUUGAAUGGUCGACAAGAAGUAUUGAAUGAUGAAGAAAUUAUGUUUAUUGUACGCGAAUAUGGUCCAAUAUAUACCACUAUUCAUAUUGACGAUGCAACCAUGAAGCAUUAUAAAACUGGUGUUUAUGAUAAUGAUAAUUGUUCGAAACAAACAAAUCAUGCUGUUACAAUUGUCGGAUGGGAUGAAGAAUCUUGGAUUAUUAAAAAUAGUUGGGGUAAAAAUUGGGGUGAUAAAGGUUUCUUUCGAGUGAAACGUGGAAAAAAUCUUUGCGGAAUCAACACAUACGUUAUGUAUGCUAUAGUGUAGAAUUAUGGAAAAAAUUCAAAUUUAUGUAUUUUACCUGAAAAUUAU